AUGCGUGACUCUAAGACAGAUGGAGGCAUGGGAUUUAAAGAUCUAAAGCUCUUUAAUAUGGCCCUUCUUGCAAAAAAAGGCUGGAGUAUUAUGAAUGAGGAGUCCACCCUAUUGCAUAAAAUUUACAAAACCAAACACUUCCCCAAUACAGAGUUUUUGAAUGCAAAAUUGGGUUAUUCCCCCUCGUAUGCAUGGAGAGGUAUAUGGGAAGCCAAGAAAAGUCUGAAGAUGGGCUGCAGAUGGAGGGUGGGGAAAGGAAGUGAGAUAAAUCUUUGGACUGAUUACUGGGUUCCUAACCAUAGACAACUGAAACAUAGUGUUCAUGAGGUAGAGCUGGAUGUUAGUCAAAAAGUUGAGUCACUUAUUGAUACGAAUACUCGAUGGUGGCAUGUUGAGAAGGUGAACCAGCUGCUUCCAGCAACUGUUGCAGCAUAG